UCGGGAGGAGGUGGUGGCUGCGCAGGCGCGGUGGCGGCUGACUGCACGGUGCCGAGGCAGGUGGCGGUGUGGAGAGGAUCCCGGAGUGGAGUCGGGAGCGACGGCUACAGGUUCUCUAUGGAUAUCACGAGUGCCAGCACUAUUGUCCUACAGGCCUUGACUCAAGCAACCAGUCAAGACACAGUUGUACUGAAGCCAGCUGAAGAGCAGCUGAAACAAUGGGAAACACAUCCUGGUUUCUAUUCUGUUUUGCUGAAUAUCUUCACUAAUCACACACUAGAUGUAAAUGUACGAUGGUUGGCUGUUUUAUACUUCAAAAAUGGAAUUGAUCGCUACUGGAGGCGUAUAUCUCCACAUGCUCUGGCAGAAGAUGAAAAAGCCUCACUGAGAGCAGGACUCAUUGCAAACUUCAAUGAACCAGUAAAUCAGAUUGCAACCCAGAUUGGCGUAUUGAUUGCUAAGGUUGCCAGGUUAGAUUGCCCUCGCCAAUGGCCCGAACUGAUUCCCACAUUACUGGAAUCUGUCAAAGUGCAGGAUUAUCUCCGUCAACACCGAGCAUUACUCACCUUCUAUCAUGUCACCAAGACGCUGGCAUCUAAAAGAUUGGCGGUGGAUAAGAGGCUGUUUCAGGACUUGGCAUCUGGAAUCUACAACUUUGCCUGUUCUCUAUGGAAUCAUCACACCGACACUUUCUUACAUCAGAUCUGUACGGGAGAAGCAGAUGCCAUCAAAUCACUGGAAAGAACUUUGCUGUCUUUGAAAGUUCUGCGUAAACUGACAGUUCAUGGAUUUGUUGAACCUCACAAGAAUCUGGAAGUAAUGGGAUUUCUAAACUCAAUUUUUGAGAGGUUAAAACAGUUUCUGGAAUGCAGUCGACGAGUCAGUGCAGAAAACACUUGCAGAGAAAAGCUGGAAAAGACCAUUAUCCUAUUUACUAAAGUGCUUUUGGACUUUUUGGACUAUCAUCCAUUUUCAUUCAUCACCUUGAUUCAGCGGUCACUGGAGUUUGCUGUUAGCUACGUAUUUACAAGCGCUGGCGAGGGUGUGACAUUUGAACGGUUCAUUGUUCAGUGUAUGAACCUCAUUAAAAUGAUUGUCAAAAACGAUGCUUACAAGCCUGCAAAAACCACAGAAGAAAGCAAGCCUGAAACACUAGAGGCACAUAAGAUAAAAAUAUCUUUCUUCAACUAUCCAACUUUAACUGAAAUCUGUCGAAGACUGGUAUCUCAUUAUUUCCUUCUGACUCCAGAGGAAUUGGCCAUGUGGGAGGAGGACCCAGAGGGUUUUGCUGUAGAAGAAACUGGUGGGGAUUCUUGGAAGUACAGUUUAAGGCCAUGUACUGAAGUGCUGUUUCUGGACAUUUUUCACGAAUACAGUCAAACACUUGCUCCUGUGCUGCUGGAAAUGGUGCAGACACUUCAUGGUCCAACCAAUGUGGAGGAUUCUGUUGGACUGCUGGUUAAAGAUGCCGUGUACAAUGCAAUUGGAUUGGCGGCCUACGAACUUUUUGAUAAUGUGGACUUUGAUCAGUGGUUUAAGAGCCAGUUACUGGCUGAGUUGCAUGUUUCUCACAUCAGAUACAAACUUAUUCGCCGAAGGGUGAUUUGGUUGAUUGGACAGUGGAUUUCCGUAAAGUUUAAAUCUGAAUUGAGGCCAAUGCUGUAUGAGGCCAUCCUUAAUCUGAUGCAGGACCAAGACCUGGUGGUCCGUAUUGAGACAGCUACAACCCUGAAACUUGCUGUAGAUGAUUUUGAAUUCAGAACAGAACAAUUUGUACUGUACUUGGAAUCCAUUUUCAGUCUACUCUUCCAGUUGCUUCAACAAGCCACAGAAUGUGAUACGAAGAUGCAUGUAUUGCACGUAAUUUCAUGCGUCAUCGAAAGAGUUGGAGUGCAGAUUCGACCUCAUGUAGGCUGCCUGGUACAGUAUUUACCUUUGCUUUGGAAACAAUCUGAAGAUCACAAUAUGCUGCGAUGCGCAAUCCUCACAACACUUAUUCACCUAGUUCAGGGCUUGGGAGCAGAGAGCAAGAAUCUCUAUCCGUUCUUGCUGCCUGUCAUUCAACUGAGUACAGACGUCUCCCAACUUCCCCAUGUUUACCUCUUGGAGGAUGGUUUAGAAUUGUGGUUAGUGACCUUGGAAAACAGCCCAUCUAUCACUCCAGAGCUCCUUCGAGUCUUCCAGAAUAUGUCUGCUCUACUUGAGCUUAGUUCUGAAAAUGUAAGAACGUGUUUCAAAAUCAUAAACGCCUACAUUUUUUUGGCUUCUUCAGAAUUCUUACAGAAUUUUGCAGCUGGUCUCUGCCAGUCCUUCUGUGACUUGCUGAAGGAUAUCACCACUGAAGGAAAAGUUCAAGUACUUAAGGUGGUAGAAAAUGUCAUAAAAGUAAACCCAACUUUGGGUCCUCAGAUGUUUCAGCCACUUCUUCCUUCUGUGUGUAAAGGGAUUUUAGAUGGAGAGAAGUACCCAGUGGUGAUGUCAACGUACCUUGGUAUAGCAGGACGGGUAUUACUACAGAACGCAGGCUUCUUCUCGACUCUCCUUAGCCAGAUUGCAUUGGAAGUCAACCAGGAGAUGGAUCAGCUUAUUGGCAGCAUGAUUGAGAUGUGGGUUGACCGAAUGGAUAACAUUACACAACCAGAGAGAAGAAAACUCUCUGCUUUGGCACUACUGUCACUCUUGCCAUCAGUCAACAGUGUUAUUCAAGAUAAGUUCUGUGGGAUCAUAAACAUUUGCGUGGAAGCAUUACAUGACGUCAUGUCGGACGAUCCAGACACAAGAACAUAUAAAGAUUGUAUGGUGAUGUCACAUUAUGAAGACCAUAAGGUGAGUGAAGAUGAAGAGCCACCAACUGAACAGGACAAGAGGAAGAAGCUGCUUGCGUUGAAGGACCCAGUACACAGUGUGUCCCUGCAGCAGUUUGUCUAUGAGAAGCUGAAGGCACAACAAGAAUUGAUGGGAGAGCAGGGAUUCCAGGCUCUGAUGGAGACUGUGGACACUGAAGUUAUACGUCAGCUGCAACAGUUUUUACAAAACCUGUGAGGAGAACCGGUUUCCUUCGGGCGAAGGAGAAGAGAAAUAAAAAGCGAUGGUUCACAAUUCUAGCAAGCAUCACCAAAGCUUCCAUCUUCACUGUGUGAACAGCGCUCAUGCAUAAACCACGGAGAAACAAAAAGAGAGCAAUAUGGAUAGGCAUCUGCUGCUAACAAGCAAAAUGCACAAUGAGAUGUUUGGGAAUUCAUUGUUGUUUAGUAUGUGACACUAUUUAAAGACCAGAGGAAAUACUUUCUUUAAUUCUUAACUGAAAGGUUGUGAAAAUUGCAGGAAAACGUGUGGCAUUGAAAAGUGGUUUGACAUGCUAUAACCACAAAUAAUCUGGUGAAAGUUGAGCUCUUGAGGGAAAGGUGUUGCUUAGCCAGUGCCUCUUCAGAUGCACAAAAUGAGGCUUAAUAUACAUUGUGUUAACCAUCUUAACAAAAUGUAUCAACGUUGCUGUGUAUGCAAAGUGGAUUUAAUUUGUGUAAAAGCACUAUGAGAAUCCACAAGAGUUAUCUUACCGAAGAAUGUGCAAACGUAAAGCCUUACAGCAUUUUAUCAGCCUUAUUUCACCUGGAAAACCUACUUUUUAGCGUUUUGAAUUUUUUAAUAAUUAAAAUUGAUGAAAGAACAGAACCAGAUCUUUUAGGUAUUAAGAUGAGUUGCUUUGAGAAUCCAAGCAUCUACACUAUUUCUGCAGGGUUUUUUAAUUUGAUGACCAAGAUUCAGAGGAAUUUUCAAAUGCUUUAAUAACGACUGACCAUGAAAAUAAAUAAAAUUGUUUGUUUAGCAGA